AUGCUCACCUCAAGCCUCAUCUCAAUCCUCUCCCUCUUCGCCACCCCAAUCCUCGCCCAAACAACCACCACAGCCACAAUCCUCACUCCAAAUUGGUGUAUAACCGCCACGCACCCCACCAUCACCGUCAUCAACGCCGCAAGCGACCUCACUACCUACUCCUACUCCUGCAGCGUCGACAGUUCCGCCGCCUCAUCCGCCUCCGCCGCCGCAGAUGCCGGUCGCAGCAAAGCCAGCGCCGCUCUAGCUUCCGCCGGCAUACACACGCGCUUCCCACACGACAAGCGAGACGACUGCUACAAUUGGAACGGUGGAUGGGGCGGUUCGUGGUCCGCCUGCAUACCCUGGGAAAUCACACAGGGCCCGUCGAUCUGGGCUGUUCACUACACCCUCACCAACAUCGUCGCGCUCGAUCAGGAAUGCUCGUUCGGGCCGGGCGGCGUGGUAGAGGGGCCGGCGACGUGCACAGCGAGUGGUAGGUUGGAUCCGGGGGUGUGGGGAAAUGGGGAUGGGGUGAGGACGAGGACUUUCAAUAAGGACGAUGUGCAGAGGUAUUGGGGCAGGGAUGUCGUGGAGGUUACGGCUGGUGGGAACUGA